AGUUCAGUCCAGUCCAUCAACCAUGUUUGCCUCAAUCUUCUUGAUAUGGCUCUGCCUUGUCUUCCUCGUCCUUCUACUCAAAUCCCAAAGGCCCAAGAACUUUCCCCCAGGACCCCCUAUCCUGCCGAUACUAGGGAACAUUUUGCACCUGAGCCUAGAGAACCCCCUGAAGGACUUUGAGAGGUUGAGGAAGUCUUAUGGGAAUGUCUACAGUCUGUUCCUCGGUACCAGACCAGCUGUAAUCAUCAAUGGGAUGAAGGCCAUGAAGGAGGCUAUGGUGACCAAGGGCACUGAUUUUGCUGGACGACCCCAAGACCUGUUUGUCAAUGAUGCCACCCAAAGGAAAGGAGUGAUUUUUGCAGAUUAUGGCUCUAGUUGGAGGGACCAUCGUCGCUUUGCUCUGGCGACCUUGAGGAACUUUGGUCUGGGGAAACAUUCCAUGGAGGAGAGGAUUCGGACAGAGAUACAAUACACUGUUGAUACACUGGAAAAGAGUAUUGGCAAUACCUUGAAUCCACAAGUUAUGUUUCAUAAUGCAGCCUCCAACAUCAUCUGCCAGGUUCUGUUUGGUACACGCUACGAGUAUGAUGAUGAGUUCAUCAAAGUUAUUGUUCAAUGCUUUGCUGAGAUUACCAAGAUAAUUAAUGGACCAUGGACUGUGCUGUAUGACUCUUUUCCCAUUAUUCGUGGCCUGCCACUGCCCUUCACUAAGGGCUUUAAGAAUUAUGAGACUUGUCGGAAUCUUGCGAUUGGUUUGAUGAACGAGCACAAGAAGACCAGAGUCCAUGGAGAACCACGAGACUUUGUUGACUGCUAUCUGGAUGAACUGAAUAAGAGAGGCGAUGAUGGUUCUUCCUUUUCAGAAGAGCAACUGAUUAUGUACGCUCUAGAUCUUCACUUAGCUGGGACAGACACUACCUCCAACACCCUGCUUACUGGUUUCCUCUACCUUAUGAACUACCCACACAUACAAGAGCGUUGUCAGCAGGAGAUAGACGAGGUGUUGGAAGGGAAGGAUCAGGCCAGUUUUGAUGACAGACACAACAUGCCUUACAUGCAGGCUGUGAUCCAUGAAGUGCAGAGGAUAGCCAACACUGCUCCACUCAGCGCCCCUCACUGUACAACUAAAGACACAGAGCUCAUGGGAUAUUCCAUUCCCAGGGGCACACUGAUCAUCCCUAACCUGACCUCAGUGCUGAAUGAGGAGGGACAAUGGAAAUUCCCCAAUGAAUUCAACCCUGAAAACUUCCUCAAUGACCACGGAGAGUUUGUUAAACCAGAGGCCUUCAUGCCUUUCUCUGCAGGUCCUCGUAUGUGUCUUGGAGAGGGUCUGGCUCGUAUGGAGCUCUUCCUCAUCAUGGUGACCCUGCUGAGGAAGUUUAAGUUCAUCUGGCCUGAGGAUGCAGGAGAGCCAGACUACACUCCAGUCUAUGGGGUCACGCUGACUCCCAAACCUUAUCGGAUGAAGAUCCAACUCAGGGCAACACAGUGAGGCUGUCUGCAGACACACAGACUGGCAUUUGCUCUUUCCUUAGUUUUCAGCUGCCCUAUUCACAGCAGUCACUAUCUAAAUGCAAGCUAUGACAGCUAACAACACACAUAGUGAAUUAUGCCAGACGUCAUGUCUACAUCAUAUCUGUUUAGGUUACAGGCUACAAUGUGCUUUUAAUGUACUGUGUGUUCCAUUAAGUAGAUAUAGAUUUACUUUUGAAUUGAGACUGUCCUCCCAGGAAGAACGACAGCAUCAGUCGUCAACUGUCAACUGUAGAAAUUAUUAUAGGAGCAAAGGAGGAAGUCAGGUGAUGUUUUAAAGUGACUAAGUCUGCAUAGCAGAGGUCCGGGUCGGUGGGGCAUAGGAUGGGUCAACGAAACAUCGACAAAUUAUUAUUAUAUUAUUAUUUUGGAGAACUUUUUGAUUCUAUGACAUACUUUGAUAUGUAUACUUACCACUUAGCCUACCUAUGUACAGUAUUCAAAUAGCAUGCUUUGAUAUCUAAUUGAUAUAUAUGGGAUUGAUAAGAUGGAGGCCAUUCUGGCCAAUUCGUCAUCUUUUUAGUCUGAUGUGCAACAUUUAUUGCAAUAGCAUUUUAAUGAUAUGCAUUUAUGAUUUACAAAAAUAAAUAGCAAUAUUAACCAAA